AUGACGACGAAACCGACGCCUACCAAAGGCUCCACAGAAAAUUUCACUGCUGUCUUCGAAGACGCCGAAACGGUGCCUUCUACAUGGUUUUUCGAGGUGUCCUCCGAUACAGUCUCAAGCUUACCGCUCAAAGUCGACUCAGGAGUCUAUAAUUUGCCGUGGACAAGCCUUGCAUGGCGGGGUUUCCUUGAUGGUCAUUGGUGGUUCUGUUAUGAACCCCAAAUACAACUGUCAACGCUCCAUUCCCCAUUCCUCAGACUACGACUCUCCGACUCUUCUUCUGCAACAAAUCAAUGGCCCCCUGAGUCUAAUUUUUCUCCUUUGAGGCCAAGGUCGAACAUCUCCGACGCAAACCUCCUGGUUCCUUCGACAUUUUAUCUCGGCGCUCACAGAAGCUCCGAUUCUGAUGUCGUCUUUCGGUCGAUGGACUCUGUUCUGUUCUACAUCAACUCAGACGAAUUGGCAAGUGUCUCUAGCACUGCAUUUUUUGCGCAAAUGAGAGUUUGCAGUCACCUUGAUGGAGUGAUCGACAUUCCAGACAAUGUGGAUGUUCUGAGCAUCAUCCUGUGCGUCUUGUAUGACGUGCCGUGCGGGGGUCGUUCACCAUCGUUCAACGACCUGGAAAAGGCGAUAGAUCGGAUGACGAUGCACAGUGUUAUCCCGAAGGCGCAUAUUCUGCCUUCAACGCAUAUCCACGCCCUCCUUCUGUCGCAUGCGUUGGAGAACCCAUUGGUGCUGUAUUCUCUCGCUGCACACCAUGGCCUUGAUGAUCUUGCAACGAGCGCGUCGGCACAUCUUCUUUCCUGGUCGUUACACGAUAUCACAGAUGAGGAUACCAAGCGCAUGGGGCCGAUAUAUCUGCGACGUCUGAUGAAUCUCCAAAUGCAACGAACGGAGCUCCUUAAACGUCUCCUCAUGCAGCCUCCAGACGCCCACCAACCCAUUAGGGUGUGUGGAUACGCAGAGCAGAAGAAAGUCUCGGACGGGUGGAUGAUGGUAGCUGCGCCUCUGGUGUGGUCGGCUAGGCCCGGUACGUUGUUUGGUCGAGCUGUCGAUGGCAAAUACCAUCCUCGAAUUUCUAUUGACCUCACAGGCUCACAACGACCACCAAUGUUAUCUCCAUUCAACCUACCCGAAGGCAUCCUCCUCCUGAUAACAGAUGAACUAGCCGCUCCAGCUGACUUUCUCCUCCACCGAAGCCUAAUAUCGCACGUCAAAGAAACAAAUGGACCAACAAAAACGAUCGUCUUGUCCGUUUCAGAGGACCUGGCAUGGUGGAGAGUAUAUACAAGAAGUGUGGAAGUGGAAGUAGAUUUUUCAACCCUCGAUGCUGUUGGCCACGAGAAACUUUCCGACUACAUCACAGAGGCAUUUCCUACAGAGUAUCAGGCUCUCGGAUACUACUCAGUCAAGAACGCGGAGAAAUGGCUUGAUCUCGACGCGUUCAUGGCUUGGCUAAGCCAUUCCUUCCAGUCUCCAAUGAAGGAGAAAUUUACCAAAUCAACAUCAACGCCAGUGGCAUCGCAUGCCAGAACUUCUGGUACACCAGUGGCAUCAAGCGAGGAUUCUAUCAUGUCAAAGAAGCUUUUUACUCAUCCCACCCCUUCAUCGCUUUUCCGGUCAACUCCUCGCGCUCCUCAGUCACAGCACUCCUCUUCACCUAUCGAGAUUUAUGACAGUUCCGAUUAUGACAGCACACCAUCUAAAGAGCAAAAGAAGAGAAAGCGCAGGAAGAGCUCUCCGCUGCAAGAAGAUUGUUACACUUACGAAAAUUCCAUCAUGCUGGAUACGCGAGAGUGGAAGGAUAAAAAUGGGGAUUUGAUGUCAAUGGCGGCAAUCAUCAAAUCGGUGGACCAAGACGCCUGGGGAGGAGGCAGCGGCGGUCAUUUAUCUACCAAGAAGACUCCCAUCAUUCCGCUCCUUGAUAAUGAACCUUGCCAGGUUGCCGAACAUUUUUGCCAGGGAAUAUUUCACUGUGAUCAGCUAGACCUUGCACUACUUGAAGGAAUCGAGCGCUACGAGCCAGACGAAGAUGAUAGAAAGGACCUCUUCAAAGCAGAGCGAGAACAGAACAUUCGAGAAACGGACUCGAUGUAUACAAGAGCUGCUUCGUUUUACUCUGCAGUUAACAAGGAUAGCUGCACAUGCGGAGGUGUCGUGGUCAUUCGACCAUUAAAGAAGAAAAAUUUAGACAGCCAUAAAUACUUUAUUGGCUGCUCAGGCUGGAAAAGAACUGAUCCCGUGAACUCACACCGUUUUAUGAGCCUUCCAACAGAUAUCAAUGAUCGCUUGGUGGUGGAGUUAUUUCAGAAUAAAGGUCGCUUCAAUGCUUUCCCCUUGAGCAACAUUAAGAAAUGUGCUCAGGUUAUCCCUGUAAGAAAUGGGGCGAAGGGGCGCCAACAAUGUCCAUACACACAUUAUGACACCGAGACGGGAGAAGUAAUUCUCGGCCAUUUAGUUCAGCGGACUUGCGAGACACGUAUCAAGAUUUGGUUUCCUGUCGACCGGGCAGUUCGCCAAGCACUAAUUUAUUUAAAAAAUCCACAUAAUCACCCUAUGUUCCCCAGUACGAAGCUUUCACAUGAAGGGAAAGAGUUGUACGAACAGGCUGCCCUUACUGUGGGGAUCACUGGUCUGACCACCGUCAAGUGUGAUUCAGCUUCCAGCACGAAGAAGAUUUUUGGUCAAAAAAUACCUGCGAUGACUGACCCUGCUCUGGCCAUUCCACGAAAUCAGCGGAAAAUUAUCCACAACUUAAGAAACAAACAAAACCCCCAUGGGACUGACAUCGAAGGCGCUUUAUAUUGUCAGAGAUUAAAUCAUGAAAACCUACCCCCUGAAGCAAGAUAUAUUCACGAGGUGUCUUCUCGAGAUGGGGUUGACCUUAUCAUCACCAUGCUUCCCUCUCUCGCAGCGCGCAUCCAUUCGGCACGCGCCACUCUACAUGACAACACAUACAAACAUGUCUUUGGAAAAUGGAAGGAAUGGGAAGUCGUUGUAUGGGAUUCUCGGUUAAAUAUGCGUGUUACCGUGGCACGAAUAUACUGUACUCACGAAACUCGGGAGGCAUUUCGAUCUAUGUGGACUGGCUUAUGGGACACUGUCGAAAUGGUUACUAAAAAGAAAGUUGAAUUUAAAUUCAUUGACGGUAGAGGGCUUUCGGCAAUUCUUGUUGAUGGAUGCAAACCGCAAGUGAAUGCUUGUGGUGAUGAUCUCGUGAAGCGUAUCCAGGACCGGAAUAGUCCACUUAGCGAACGAGAUCCACAGCUGGUUGUACAACAUAUUGUUCGGACAUGUGUUGUGCACCUUCAAAGGUUCUUUAAUGAGCUUGCUAAGUCGAUUCCUUCAGAGGUUGUGGAUCGUGUCCGUAGUUUUCCCUUUCUUGAAACCACGAGAGACAUUGAAGAAUUUGUAAAAUGGUGUGAGGAAUCGGAAUAUCCAAAGAUCAAAAAUUGGAUCAUCGACAAAAAAUCCAGUCCUUGGUUUAUCCCUUCCAUAAACCAAUAUAUGUCAAAAAUCCAUGAAGAGGAUUGGUUUCUUACUCCCGGAGACACAAAUCUCAAUGAGAGCGCACAUCCUCAUACAAACCUGCACACAGGAAUCGGUUUACCGAUUCUAGAAGCAAUUCAAAAAGCAUACGAACUUGAUUGCGACGUCGAAGCCAAGCUUGGACAAGCAGAGGAUGACUGUAUUUUGCCGAACAACAGGAACACAAAACCAGAGUGCGAUCACAACAACCGUAAGCGUAAGGAAGCACGAUCAAGGAAAGCCACAGAGCGCCAGACAGCCCAAGAGGAUCUUGAAGAUCUCGACGCCCAGAUUGAGUCUGCUGCGGCCGCUGGAAAGGCUUCGCAGGCCCUCGUGAAAGAAUUACGCGAGAAGAGGAAGGCUCUCCAGGCGGUAACUGGAGUCAAACAAAAGAAAAGCUCGAAUGGGCCGUGUGGAAAAGAUAGGGUCGUCAACGUUGAUGAUGUCGCUGAGAGUGCUGAACUCGGAGUCAUCAGUGACACCAUUCCACUUGAUCAUCCCGUUGACGAAGAAAAAGAAAACAAUAGGCUGUUUCACAUUGGGUUGAUUUGGGCUUGGAAGGAAUUCUGGAUGCAGAUUUCUGCCUAUUUUGGAUACGUGGGAAGUUGGAAGGUGAAGUUGGGCACCAAGUUGGGAUCAAAGUUGGCUGCAAAUCGGCGUCAGGACCACGAUUUGCAUCCCAACUUCAUGAAGUUGGUCAAACUUUGUCCUUCCAACUUGGCAAAAGUUGCACACCAAGUUGGGGAUCAAGUUGGGACCUAA